AUGGCCGAAGUCGGGGAGGACAGCAGCGGGGCGCGGGCUCUGCUGGCGCUGCGCUCGGCGCCCUGCAGCCCCGCCGCGGCGCCCCCUCCCGGGCUGCCGCCCCCGGCCGGGCCGCCCGCCGCCGCUGCCUCCACCGCCGGCCCGGUGCUGGCGCGGCUGCAGGGCCGCGAGUUCGAGUUCCUCAUGCGGCAGCCGGCCGUCACCAUAGGCCGCAACUCCUCGCAGGGCUCGGUGGACGUCAACAUGGGGCACUCCAGCUUCAUCUCCCGGCGGCACCUGCAGCUCAGCUUCCAGGAGCCGCACUUCUACCUGCGCUGCCUCGGCAAGAACGGCGUCUUCGUGGACGGCGCCUUCCAGCGCCGCGGCGGCCCGGCCCUACAGCUACCGCCGCAAUGUACUUUCCGAUUCCCUAGCACGGUUAUAAAGAUUCAGUUCACAUCUUUAUACCAUAAAGAGGAAGCAAAAGAGGAAGCCUCCUCACCUCCCCUUCGGCCACUUUACCCUCAAAUAUCGCCUCUCAAGAUCCACAUCCCGGAGCCGGAUCUCCGGAGCGUGGUCAGCCCCCUCCCGUCCCCCACAGGCACCAUCAGUGUUCCCAACUCUUGCCCGGCCAGUCCACGUGGUGCUGGAUCCUCAGGAUAUCGUUUUGUUCACAACAUUACCUCGGAUCUGCAGCUGGCAGCAGAGUAUGCUGCAAAAGCAGCAUCAGAACAGCAGGCAGAUGCAUCUGGCGGGGACAGCCCAAAGGAUGAGUCCAAGCCACCCUAUUCUUACGCUCAGCUAAUUGUGCAGGCUAUAUCUUCAGCACAGGACAGACAAUUAACACUAAGUGGGAUCUAUGCCCACAUUACCAAGCAUUAUCCAUAUUACAGGACUGCUGACAAGGGCUGGCAGAAUUCCAUUCGGCACAACCUCUCCUUGAACCGUUACUUUAUUAAAGUCCCACGCUCCCAGGAGGAGCCUGGGAAGGGCUCCUUCUGGCGAAUUGACCCUGCCUCUGAAGCCAAACUAGUAGAGCAAGCAUUUAGAAAACGAAGGCAAAGAGGAGUGUCCUGCUUCCGAACACCUUUUGGGCCUCUGUCCUCCAGGAGUGCUCCUGCCUCCCCUACUCACCCUGGCCUGCUGUCCCCUCACUCUAGUGGCUUACAGACUCCAGAGUGCCUGUCACGGGAGGGCUCACCCAUUCCACACGAUCAUGACUUUGGGUCAAAGUUAGCCUCAGUUCCAGAGUAUCGGUAUUCACAGAGCGCACCUGGAUCUCCAGUCAGUGCCCAGCCGGUGAUCAUGGCUGUUCCUCCACGAACAUCUACCCUGGUGGCAAAGCCAGUGGCGUACAUGCCAGCGUCAAUAGUGACUUCCCAACAGCCUCCCUGCCACGCGAUCCACGUAGUUCAGCAAGCUCCUACUGUUACCAUGGUCCGAGUUGUGACCUCCUCAGCAAACUCUGCAAAUGGAUACAUCCUCACAAAUCAGGGCACAGCAGGAGGAGCUCAUGAAGCUGCAGGAGCAGUGCUGGACUUAGCUGGUGACCAUCGAGGCAUGGAUGAAAAGCCGACGAUCGCGUUUGCCACGAUACCCACAGCCAGCCGUGUUAUUCAGACAGUUGCCAGUCAAAUGGCACAGGGUGUUCCAAGCCAGACGGUCACAAUCCUUCAGCAGGCAGCUCCGGUGGCCAUUGGACAGCACCAGCUGCCCGUGAGGGCCAUCACUCAGAACGGGAAGCACGCCAUCCCCACCAACAGCAUCGCCAGCAGCGCCUACGCUCUUACAAACCCAUUGCAGCUUCUUGCAGCCCAGGCCAGCUCAUCCACUCCUGUUGUAGUCAGCCGGGUGUGCGAGACAGGGACCGAAGAGACAGCAGCAGCCUCUUCCAGUGAACCUGAGGUCAAGAGACCCCGGAUAGAGGAGUCCAGUGCAGCAGUCCCAGCCCAGACCGGAGUCAUCACAUCUACCAUGCCACAAGGACAGGCAACCAGUGAAUGA